AGGGUUCACAACAUUCAUUACUCCUUCGGAAGCUCCUGGGAAGGUCACGGAUCUGAAGGUGUCUGCCGCUUCCCACUCCCUCACUCUGACCUGGUUCGACCCUUCCGACAACCCUCUCAGGGGCAAACUUGAAGGAUUCAGAGUAACAUGGAACCGUGGUACCAGAGUGUGGACAAGCUUGUAUAUAGACCUGCUUUUGUCCGAAGUCCCCGAGGGCAAAGAGGGACGACGAUCCCACACCAUUACGGACCUGGAGGCUGGCGAAGAUUACUACGUACAGGUUUACGCUCGGAAUGCUGGCAUGCAGAGCUUCGGAGAACCCUAUGGUCUAGCAACGAGGACUCAACAAGGAGUGCCCUCACCGCCGCAGAGAGUCAAUUACAGCAUAUCAGAUGGCCAGGUUUUCCUGUCAUGGGAGCCUUCUGUGGACAUGGCCGGGGGACUCGUUUUCUAUGUCGUCGAGCUGGACGGCCGUAACCUUUCCUGCGCUGCUGAUGUCAGUGAAGACUUCGAAUGUCUGCUGGAUGGUUUAACAGCAGGUGAGGAGCAUGAGGUGACUGUGAGGGCAUGCAACAGUUACCAUUGCAGUGAUUCUGAACAUCUAACAGUGAUUGGUCCUGGUGUUAAGAGAGAAUAUAUCGUCCUCACUGUGGUAUUGAUUCUACUUUUGCUGUGUCUGAUAAUCUUUCUGGUAGUUUGCUGUCGACGCAAACCAUCAACUUCGAAGGAGUUGCUGGUCGAAAUGACACGUGACGAGGAGCCCGGCAUUCCCCUUGAACUGGCGGCGAGCCCAGCCGGUGAGCAGGAGGAGCUGGUCCUCGAACACAGCUCGCCCGAGGGGGACCCCACCUACGAAAACCUCGCCCGGAAGAUCACCAAGGCCGACCUCAACACGUACCUCACUCGUGCAGUCAACUCGCAGGACUUGGUCGACGAGUUCAAAAGCGUGCCGUCCAUCAUGAAGAAGAGCUGUUCAGAAGCCGAAAUCCCGAUGAACAGGCAGAAGAACAGAUACAAGAACAACUUGCCUUACAAUGACACGAGAGUUCCCUUGCCUCUUUUGCCCAACGCUCCGCACUCAGACUACAUCAACGCCAGCUAUGUCAACAGCUUUCAGCGCGCCCGGGCCUUCAUCGCCAGCCAGGGACCCAAGGACUUCGCCGUGAACACCAUCGACGACUUCUGGCGCAUGAUCUGGCACACGGGCGUCCGCGUGGUCGUCAUGGUGACCAGACUCGUCGAGGGCGGCCGGGUCAAAGUAGCCCAGUACUGGCCCGACAAGGAAGCCAUGUUCAAGGGCGGCCUCGAGAUCCACCUGAAGAAGGAGAAAGUGAAGAUGGACUUCGUAGUGAGGACCCUUUGCAUUCGGCUCGACCACGAGGAGAGAGAGGUGAAGCAGUACCAGUUCUUGGCCUGGCCCGACCACGGCGUCCCUUUGCACGCCUACAGCCUGGCGCAGAUGGUGGCCAACGUCCGGGCGGAGGACAUGGGCGACGGACCGCUUCUCGUGCACUGCAGCGCUGGCAUAGGACGCACAGGCACCAUCCUGCUGGUACUGCACGCGCUCGACCAGCUGGAGGCGACGGGCCUUGUGAGCAUGCGCGACGGCCUCCUUGAACUCAGGAAGGCGCGUCCUUUGCUCGUGGAGAACGUGGUGCAAUAUAGAUUCGCCCACCAACUCCUGCACGAAAUUCUGUGCGGGGAGACGACAAGCAUCCCCUGCGGCAGUUUCCUGGAGGAGCUGGAGAGACUGAGGACGCCGCAGCCCCCAGGAGUCACCUCUGUCCUUCAGGAGCAAUACCAGAAACUGAAGGACUUCCCGAAGGGCCUGACCUUCUCCUUCGCCAAGAAACCCGAAUUCGCCCACCUCAAUCGAGACCCCGAAAUCGUCCCAGCGGAUGGCAGGAUGAUCUUCCUCUACGUGCUGACCAGCGACUCUUGCUCUCAGUACAUCAACGCCACUUUCGUCAACGGAUUCGACAAAAAGGACGAAUUCGUAGCGAUGGAACACCCGAUGGAGCACACCCUCGACACAGCCUGGAGGAUGAUCUACGAGAGGAAAAUGCCGGUCUGGAUUCUCGUCCACGCCUUCCCCGAUCACGACAAGGAUUUUCCGAGCGUGCUUCCUCCCGCCGGAGAGGUGUGGAACCUGAAGAACAUGAGGGUGGAAGUCAUCAGUAGUCAGUUCUAUAACAACUUCACUGAGACAACCGUUCAAGUGUCGUUCGUCAAUAGUGAGAAGGUGAUGGGCAGCCACCGUUGUGCCGUACUGCAGGCGGAGGGCUGGCCUGCCGACGUCGCCUUGCCCUCGUCGCCGCUGCCCCUCCUCGCCGUCCUGGAGCGCCUCGACUCCCUUCCGCGGACGGGCGGCCCUCCGCUCUUUUCCUGCAGGGACGGCGUGAGCGGGAGCGGGCUGACGGUGGCACUGCAGCUGGUUCUCUCCCGGGCCAAACUGCUGCAGGAGAUAGACAUAUACCGGGCCGUCCUUAGCGUCAUGUACGACCGGCCGCAGUUCAUCCCGUCCUUUGAACAGUAUGACUUCUUGCACGAGGCGGCCCAAAUGUUCCUGAAUGCGUUCAGUAUGUAUGGCAACUUCACCUAGGUCGCCAUCUUUGCCACCGAGAGGCCCUGGCUGCUGUUCAGUGGGCCAUGGGCGGGGUAGCUGAGUUGGUACGGCGGUGAGGGUACCUGAGCUGAAGACGGUGUUUUUUGUUUAAGUAUGCAUUCUGACCUUGAUUUUUGGAUAUAAAAAGGUAUAUUGGAUACGAAGAAAAGAGAAAAAAAGAGAGGACAGAGGCUUAAGGCACCCCUACCCCCCCUCUUGCCUUCACAUCCUGGCAAAACGUUAUCUUGGGCCGUGUUUUCCCCAAGGCCGUCAGCAGGAUAGUCAGCCACUCUAUACAACAUGCUGUGUCAUACCCUUGGCAGUUUACAGUUUGACCGGGAAAUUCUUCGUGAGUCAUACACCGACAUGCAUUUCAAUAUGAACAGUUUUACCAAGAGAUAAAACAAUGGAAGCUUCGUUCGUACCUUGUGCAAUAUGGUCUUUACUUUAAUUGCAUCAUGGUGAUAAUUAUGAUAAUAUGAGUGAUGGUGCUGAUAAUAUAAUGAAGAGAAAUAAAAAAAAUGGUGACAUCAGUCAUCAGAGAUGAUAAGGGUAGAUGUCUUUAUUUGCAUUAUCAUAUUACAAAAUAGUAUUAGAUUCUGUUUUUAUCUGUUUUAUCACAAAAAUGUUCGUAAUGCUAAGAGGGUAAGAUCAAUUAUAAUUAUCACACACACACACACACACGUGUAUGCAUGUAUGUAUUACUGAAAUACUAAUCUACGUAUCAUACACAUUCAUGUAUUGAUAUACAUUAGUGUCAGUGUAUGUUAUUGCUUACCAAAAGCAGUAGGGUAUAAUGACAUUCUUAGCAAAUAGUAAAAUGUAUGCUCACUAUAGUUGUAGUAUUAUAAGUACUGUUAUAAUCUUGUUAGUGAAUUUAAG